CUUGGCUGCGCUGUUUUUGUCUCUGUCAGUGAGCGCUCCUGGGCCGAGGUGGCUGAAAGGGUUUCCAGAGGACAGGUGCUGACUGUAAGAGUGCAAGAAAAGGAAGGGAGAGCAAGGAUCCUGGGGAGGAGAGAUCCCGUCCUUGCAGCGCACGCAGCUGGCGAGAGUUGGUGGAUGUUUGAAUAACAGCCACAGGCUCACGAUGGCUCAGGUGCUGCAUAUGGAGCCCGGCUUCCCAGGGAAGCUCAACCCGCCCGCAACUCCUUCCCUGCACGGCAAAGAGCAGGAGGCCUACUCAGUGGAGACCCCCUAUGGCUACCGUCUGGACUUAGACUUCCUCAAAUAUGUUAACGACAUAGAGAAGGGAAACACUAUCAAGAAGGUACCCGUCCACCGCCGACCACGCUAUGGCUCCCUGCCCCGUGGCUAUGGCUACACUGGCUCCUGGUGGACCUCCACAGAGUCUCUGUGCUCCAACACCAGCAUGGACAGCAGACACUCCUCCUUCUCCUACUGCGCCCCGGGAUACCACACAUCCCAGAGGCCCAACUUCAGCACCGCUCGGGUGGAGAAGACCCUUAUGGAUGCACGCAGGAAGCUGGAGGAGGAGAAAGAGGGGCGGAGGUUCUCCAACCUGGGAAGCAUGCACAGCAGCGUAGCAGGCUCCAACACCUCCAUCAGCAGUGCACACAGCUACAACAGAGCCCAUGGUGGAGGGGGAUCCUUCACCCCGAUGAGUUCUGGCCUGUCCACCCCAGUGACCCCCACACCAGCGCACCUGCAGCACGUCAGGGAGCAGAUGGUUGCGGCUCUCAGGAAGAUCAAGGAGCUGGAGGAGCAGGUGAAGACCAUCCCAGUGCUGCAGGUCAAAAUCUCCGUGCUGCAGGAGGAGAAACGGCAGCUCAGCGUCCAGCUGAAGAGCCAGAAGUUCCUGGGUCACACUCUGAGUUUCAACCGAGGCCGCCCCAGAGGAGAGCUCUACAUCGACAUCCCUGAAGAAGAUGUGAGCACGGGGGCUAAGAGCAGCAACCAGCCAGCAGGGCCACUGUCCCCCACCUCACCCGAGGGCUCCAAGCUUCAAGACUCAGGAUGUGAGAUUGAGGACACAGUGAUUGUGAGUGGAGCUCGACCGGAUGCAAAGCGGGAAGUGCGCACCAUCGCAGUGGGACCAGAAGAGUUGAGGGGCAGCAGUGAGUUGGGAGUCGGGGUUCGGGAGGAGGAUCUGGGGCUGCUGCCAGAGACCCAGGCUCUUAGGAAUAAAGUGGGUCAGCUGGAGGGCCAGCUAAAGAGGACGGUGCAGGAGCUGCAGGAGGCGCGGCAGCAGGCCGCAGCAGUCCAGAGGGGCCCUCAGGCAGAGCACCCAGUUAUGGCUACCAGCGUGGGCUGGCAGGAGCCUCAGGGCUGCAGCCUGCACACCCUGGUCAGCUUCACCCAGCCCCCCCAACAGAGGGAACAGAGGACUGUGGGAAUCCAGGUGUACACACUGGAGCAGCCCACUGUGGUGGAGGUGGGCACGCUGAUGCGAGCGGAGAUCUGCAGCUCCCCCUCCCCUCAAGCAGCUGCUGGAGCCGUGGAGGGCCAACACAGAGGACAAGCUGAAGAGGCUCCAGUUGAGUUACCGAUUGCCGUCAGCUCCAAGCAGGUGCGCGAUGUCCUGAAGAGCGAGCUCUCCACCUCGGUACCUGUAGCGAGUCCUGCCAUCACUGUCAGCACGGCCGGGGAUCAGAUUGGUUUGAUGCAUUCAAAAGAAGAAGAGACACACCAGCAUACAUCCAAAAAGGCUGCCGAGUCCCACGAGGACCCUCAGACAGCCUCAUCUCCCCAGUCUUCUCUGAGGUCUAUUAUGAAGCGCAAAGCAGAAGGUGAACCGGGAUCUCCCACCACGAAGAAGAACCUGCAGUUCAUUGGAGUCAAUGGAGGCUACGAGUCCACGUCCUCAGACGAUAGCAGCAGCGAGAGCUCAGAUGAGGCGAGUGACUCCAGCGAAUAUCAUGAAGCACGAGAAAAACUCACAGAGUCAGCGGCCCAGCACCAGCUAAUAACCAACAGCCAGGCUUCCCCGCCUUCAGAAAGCAAUAGAGUACCUCAUCAGACUGCUGUCGUACUGCCAGCCAUCAUUCCAGACUCACAGCAGAGUCUCAAAGAUUCAGCAACAGCCGACAUGAAACUGCCGGUCAAACCCCCCCGGUCACCAGCGAUAAACACUACUCUAAUUCCUCCAUGUCCACAGAAUGAUGCUGCCUCUAAAGACACUGUUAACCAAUCAUCAGGCACACUCACAGUCACGCAGGAGCUCUCCUCCACAUCAUCAAGCACUGAAUCCACUCCCGAACAAAGCUCCUCAGUUACCUCUUCUUCAUCGCUGUGUGUCACUAAAACCACUGAGAUCACCCAACAGCAAUACACCGUCCAAACAGAAACAACCGUCCUCUCCAGCCAAUCGGAGCCAACGCCAGCAGUGGAGAGCCACGUAAAAGAGACUGCCACAGUACCUGCCAAGCAAGUCAGAUUGGAUCUGAGUGACAGCCUGAUGUCAGCUCUUCAUGCCCUGCAGAAAGCCCUGGGGGAGCCCAAUGCCUUCAGCCAACAAGGAGCAAGGGCGGCCUACACCAGCGUGCUGCAGGAGUGGCUGCGCGUGUCCUGUCACAAAGCGGCGGACACAGCUGUUGUCAAAGCCUAUAUGAACACCUUCGCCUCAGUCUCCCCUCAGCUGCUGGAGUUUGUAAUCAACAUGGCAGAUGGUAACGGGAAUACAGCGCUUCACUACACCGUCUCCCACUCCAACUUCCCCGUGGUGAAGCUGCUGCUGGAAACUGGCCUGUGUAAUGCUGACAAGCAGAACAAGGCGGGCUACACAGCCAUCAUGCUGACAGCCCUGGCCGCCUUCCACUCUGACAAUGACCUUCAAACCGUCCUGCAGCUGCUGCGCACGGGGGACGUCAACGCCAAGGCCAGCCAGGCCGGUCAGACGGCGCUGAUGCUGGCGGUCAGCCACGGUCGCGGGGACAUGGUGAGGGCGCUGCUGUCCUGCGGCGCUCAGGUCAACAUCCGUGAUGACGACGGCUCCACAGCGCUCAUGUGUGCCUGCGAACACGGUCACGUUGACAUUGUGCGUCAGCUACUGUCUAUUCAAGGCUGUGAUGCCACUCUCACUGACAAUGACGGCAGCACUGCUCUGUCCAUCGCCCUGGAGGCCAGUCAGAAUGACAUUGCUGUGCUCCUGUAUGCUCACCUCAACUUUGCAAAGCCCCCUUCCCCUGUUUCACCAAGGUGUCCUCUCUUGGGUUCGUCUCCUCCUGCCGGUGAAGCAAAAUAAACCCUGCUCCAGCCAGUCCACAGUAACUACUCAUAUUACAGCGUGAUUUAUUUUCCUCAUCUGUGUUAUUCAGAGAAACAAUGAGUUUGUGUUUGUUUUCACCCUCCAUAAUUUAAAUACUUUAUAAUGUGCAGAUAAUGACAUGACAGCUUGCACCAUUGUUAUCCAUUUCUCUUUGUACACUGAGGUCUUUCUUGCUUUAAAACAAGUACAAAUAUAAAAAUGGAACAUCUAGCACAGGGCUAUUCAAUUGGCGGCCCGCGGGCCAAAUCCGGCCCCGGGGU